AAAGUAUCAAGAGAGAAUAAUUAGUUUUUAGAAUUUAGAUUAUAUAUUAAGAGGAAAGAUUAGCAUAUGGGUAGCACAUAAUUAAGUUGGUGGUUAGGUGAAAAGCUCUAUUCAAAUUGUGUGAAGUUCAACAUUUUAGUCAAAAAAAUGUUAUCUUUUACUAACAUUUAAUUAUUUAUUAUUAUUUUUAUUUUUAGGAUAUUAACUAAAAUUAUAGAAGAGAGAAAAGUUAGGAAAACUCUAAUAGCAUUUCUGGAAUUAUUUUUUUAGAUUAUCUUUUUUCUCUACUAAUUUCUUAACUAUAAAAAAAAUUAAUAUUCAAACCAAAUGUGUAGAAUUCUUUCAACAAAAAUCUCUUCUUUUUAAAAGGCUUAAUUAUAUAACCUCACCUAAUUAGUCAUUACACUUCCUAAUUAAUAUUAAAUAUUUUGUUCCCUUUUGAGCUCCAUCAACGUGUGAUUAUAUCAUUAUUAAUUAAUUAGUACAUUUUAGUCAAAUUUUAGGCACUCUUAGUGCCAAAAUAAUCAUUACAUUUUUAAUUUAUUACCACAAUUACUAGCUAGUGUCCCACAUUAUGAUGGCAACUCUCAACUAGAUGAACACCAUUAUAUGGUUUUGAGGGCAAAUAAAACCAUUAUAGGAUUGGAUGUGAUUACAUAUAAUUCGAAAUAUUUGAGUCGAUUUUACGGAUCUCGCUUUAAAUAUCGAACACUAUGCAAUAUCGGGCUUCAAACUAUAUCAUCAAACACCAGGCUGACACUUAAUUAGUAGUAUAUCAAGGUCAAUCAAGCCUACCAAACGGGCCCAAAGGGAAUACGCUAAAUUAACAUCUUAUAUGUAUAUGCGUUGUAUCUACUCUCCUUUCUGCGUCUUUCGAUCAUUAUAUCCACAAAGAAAGAGAAAAAAAAACUAUAUUUUAGUUGAUGUAACAUUAAAAUAAUUCAUACUAGAAAAAGUUAAAUGGUAGCCAAUUGAAUUAAGAUCACAUAUCACCUUUCAUCAACCACUACUUAUACUCAAUGUGAUAGGCACUAAACUCCUGCAUUCUUGGUGAAGUGUUUGCUUUUGCUAGCAAAAAAUAAAAUAAAAUGGUUUCUUCUCCUACUUCACCCCCACAACCCAAAGAAGUUCCAUCGGACAAUAAAUGGGCGGAGAAUGGUCCCCGUCGGGAGGCAAAGUGGUGGUACUCGACCUUCCACACCGUCACCGCCAUGGUUGGUGCCGGUGUUCUUAGCUUGCCAUAUGCCAUGGCUUACUUAGGAUGGGGACCGGGAACUUUCGUGAUGGCGCUAUCAUGGUGCAUCACCUUGCACACCAUGUGGCAGAUGACUCAACUCCACGAAUGCGUACCGGGUGUCCGCUUUGAUCGGUACAUUGACUUGGGCCGGCAUGCAUUCGGCCCGAAACUAGGCCCGUGGAUAGUACUACCUCAGCAGCUUAUUGUACAAGUUGGCUGUGACAUAGUUUAUAUGGUUACCGGUGGGAAGUGCCUGAAGAAGUUCUUGGAAAUAACAUGCACCGGGUGCACCCCAAUCAAGCAAUCCUAUUGGAUCUGCAUCUUCGGUGGGCUCCACUUCUUCCUCUCUCAGUUCCCCGAUUUUAACUCCGUCUCCGGUGUUUCACUCGCCGCUGCAAUCAUGUCACUAUGCUACUCAACUAUAGCAUGGGUGGGCAGCCUAAGCAAGGGGCGGGCCCCUAACGUGAGCUACGCGUACAAAGAAACAAGUGGGGCCGACUCCAUGUUCCGAGUGUUCAACGCUUUAGGGCAAAUCACAUUCGCUUACGCGGGCCACGCGGUGGCCCUUGAAAUUCAGGCCACCAUUCCGUCCACACCGGAGAAGCCAUCUAGGGUUCCGAUGUGGAAAGGGGCGGUCUUGGCCUAUUUCAUCAACGGAAUAUGCUAUUUUCCGGUGGCUUUGAUCGGAUACUGGGCGUUCGGACAAGACGUAGACGAUAAUGUUCUUGUUGCUCUUGAGAGGCCCGCGUGGCUUAUUGCCGCCGCUAAUCUCAUGGUCGUCGUUCAUGUUAUUGGAAGCUAUCAGGUUUAUGCAAUGCCGGUGUUUGAGUUGAUCGAGAGGAGCGUGGUGAAACGAUUGAGCAUCUCGCGUGGAGUUGUGCUUCGGCUUAUUGUUCGUUCUGCUUAUGUUGCGUUCACCUUAUUUGUUGGAGUGACCUUCCCUUUCUUUGGUGAUCUACUUGGUUUCUUUGGUGGAUUUGGCUUUGCUCCAACUUCUUACUUUCUACCAAGCAUAAUAUGGCUGAAAAUUAUGAAACCGGAGCGAUUCAGCCGCUCGUGGAUUAUAAACUGGGCAUGUAUAAUUAUCGGAAUGUUCAUCAUGGUAGCAUCGACCAUCGGAGGGUUGCGAAAUAUUGUUAAGGAUUCUUCGACUUAUGAUUUUUACUCAUAAAAUGUGGUGGUUUUUUUCGAUGAUUGUAUGGCAAAGUGUAUUUUUAUUUUGUGCGAAUGUUAACUAUGAUUUGGAUAUUGAAAAAUCGAACGAAGAAAAAUCGUUUGAAUUAUUU